UAGGCAGAAGGAGAAAUGCCUUGGGGAAGUGUGUUCUUUGAGAGUGAAGAGGAAGAUGAAAUGGAGUUGGAAGAUGCAAAAACUGCGGACAGUGAAUCCCCGAAUAUCAUCAAUUUUGACACCAGCUUGCCAACAUCGCAUGCAUAUCUUGGGGUGGACAUGGAAGAGUUCCAUGGACGGACACUGCAUGAUGAUGACAGCUGCCAACAGAUUCCAGUACUGCCCCAUGUUCAGGUCAUGCUGAUUCCAGGGCAGACUCUGCCUCUCCAUCUUUCCAGGCCACAAGAGGUCAGCAUGGUGCGUGGUCUUAUUCAGAGGGACAGAACAUUUGCUGUGCUUGCAUACAGUGAUGGCCUUCAGAGAGAAGCACACUUUGGAACUACUGCCGAAAUCUACGCAUAUCGAGAAGAGCAUGAGUUUGGGAUUGAGACUGUAAAAGUGAAAGCAAUUGGAAGGCAGAGGUUUCAGGUGUUGGAAACAAGAACUCAGGCUGAUGGGAUCCAGGUGGCUCGGGUGCAGAUUCUUCCAGAGAGGGUUUUACCCUGUCCCAUGACAUCUCUGCAAUUGGACUCUCAGAGUCGGCAUCUGCUGUUCCCAACAAACAAGCCAGUGAGCGGCCGAAGCCCACAGAGCAAAUGCCAGUGGCUGCACAAGUACCGCAGGAGGAAGUUCCUUGGUGCCAGUCUGACCUCCUGGCCUUCCUGGCUGUAUGCUCUGUAUGAUGCAGAUUCCCUUAUGGAACGAGUGAAACUACAGCUGCAUGAGUGGGAUGAGAAUCUGCGGGAUGAUUCUCUGCCAGCCAAUCCGAUUGAUUUCUCUUACCGGGUUGCAGCCUGUCUCCCUAUUGAUGAUGCUUUACGUAUCCAGCUUUUGCAGAUUGGAAAUGCCAUACAGCGUCUGCGCUGUGAGCUUGACAUUAUGAGCAAAUGUACAUCGCUGUGUUGUAAGCACUGUCCCGACACAGAGAUCACCACAAAGAAUGAGAUCUUUAGCUUAUCACUUUGUGGUCCGAUGGCUGCAUAUGUGAAUCCUCAUGGUUACGUUCAUGAGACUCUGACUGUCUACAAAGCCUUUAAUCUGAGCUUGGUGGGUCGUCCUUCCACAGAGAACAGCUGGUUCCCAGGGUUCGCUUGGACUAUUGCACAAUGUAGGGUCUGCGGGAGUCACAUGGGAUGGAAAUUCACUGCAGUGCGGAAAGAUCUGUCACCUCAGAAGUUUUGGGGCUUGACUCGUUCAGCUUUGCAGCCUCGAAUCCCAGAGCCAGAUGAAGGGGAAAUGGGGCAUGAUCACUCCCCAAUCCUGUGCCUGUGAAUCCUGAAUCAGGGACUGCUUUAUCACUGCUCUGCUUUCUCUUGUCUUGCUGACAAAUGUCCUUAUCUCUGCGCAAGAAAGAUGCUCUGCAGGUAUGGGGUUCUGCAUGUGUCCCAGCAUGUGAGACCAUGUUGCUGAUAAAGAGGUACCUGUCCUGUAAUUGAGCCCUUUGUAAGUAAGUAUGGAGAAGGGCUGUCACUGUAUGCCUUUCUGAUUAGCAGGCCCAGACUGGCAAUCUGUGGGUUCUGGCAAAUGCCAGAAGGGCUGCUGUAAGAUGCCAUAGACACUCACUAUUUAUUGGGCUGGUGGGGGGCUGUUUGGGCCUCUGUGUACUUGAAAUGCCAGGGCCUAUUUUAAAUCCCAGUCCAGACCUGCUGAUCAGGAAUGUUAAAACCAGCACAGUCUGCUAUAUGUUCUCCCUGCGCAUUGCUAGUAUCAAAACUUCUUAUCCCUGUAGAACAAAACCUCUGUUUCAUUGUAUCUCAACAUAGACACCCUCUGAAACAAUGGAAAUGUCUGGAAUGUUUCCUCAUACACUUAUUCAGCUUCCAAACAGAUUUAGUUACAAUGGAUGUAACACCUAGGAUUCUUUUAAUGAUUUUUGAGGCCAAAAAAUAUUUUUGUAAUAUAUUUAAUUUUUUAGACUCCGAUAUAUCUACCAAAAGAAAGGAAAAAAAAAAAAAAAGUCCCCUGACCCUCCUGCCGUAUGGUCACAACUCUGGAUUUAUGGGUGCUUCUCCCUAAUACCAAUAAAUCUGGUCUCAGCAUGUUGGCAACUUACGUUUCUGUUUAACUCCAUAGACAUUGCAGGAGAUGUGCACUCAUUUCAAUGGGUGCUGCAUAAAGAGCUGAUGUAUGAAGAGAUGUGGGAAAUUGAAGGUUAACAAAGGUGACCACCUCUUUAAACCAGAACCUAUGUAAGGACAGUAUAAGUGAACCGAUAGGGAAAACCUUGGGGCUGUUAAAUGGACAAUCAGACAGUGUUGCUAUUGCACAGAUGGAGAAAGGUCAGGGGGACUUUUUAGGAUAUGUUAAGCCAGGGCAGUCCCAGCUAAAGUCCUAAAGCUGGAGGUUGCCCUAUAAAUUAAACCUCUUUGAGAAAUAGAUUUUUAUUUUGGGUGGUGUAUAAGGGUAGGGCAGGUAAUUGGCCUUUUUUUUUUUUUUUUUUUGCACUAUAAAUCAUUGAAAAUAUAGGGGUUACCAAUGUGACUUUCCAGUUCUAAUAAGUAUAAUCAGAAAACCUGUAUUCUCUAAAGGAGUGUAAAAAUAAUAAAGCAGCUCCCCCGUGUGGUAACAAGGAAGAAGUGCACUGAUAGAAGCAGCCUUUUUAUCAUUACAUUUAGACCAUUUGUUGUCUUUCCCUAAACCACUAAAGUCAUCAGUGUGGGACCUGCUUUCUUUGUACUCGGUCUUUUCUCUGUAAAUGAGAAGUGAAUAUUGCACUGCAAAAUUCGUAAUGUCUAGAGCAAAUAAAUAAAUAGAACUUUAAAUGAGAAGUUAUAAAACCUGUGAAAUAAUAA